GCGUCCUGGCGCCAGCCCGCCCCCUCGCCGCGUCGCCCCGCCUGCGCCGCCCGCUCCCUCUCGCUUCUCCUCUCCCGGCGGAGGCCCCGGGACCAGAGAGAGAGAGCAGCGGGACCAUGUUCCGACGCAAGCUGACGGCUCUCGACUACCACAAUCCUGCCGGCUUCAACUGCAAAGAUGAAACAGAAUUUAGAAACUUUAUUGUUUGGCUUGAAGAUCAGAAAAUCAGACACUACAAGAUUGAAGACAGAGGUAAUUUAAGAAACAUCCACAGCAGUGACUGGCCCAAGUUCUUUGAAAAGUAUCUCAGAGAUGUUAACUGUCCUUUCAAGAUUCAAGAUCGACAAGAAGCAAUUGACUGGCUUCUUGGUUUAGCUGUUAGACUUGAAUAUGGAGAUAAUGCUGAAAAAUACAAGGACUUAGUACCUGAUAAUGCAAAAAACGCUGACAGCACAACUAAGAAUGCGGAGCCGUUGAUCAAUUUGGAUGUAAAUAACCCUGACUUCAAGGCUGGCGUGAUGGCUCUGGCCAACCUCCUUCAGAUUCAGCGCCAUGAUGACUACCUGGUGAUGCUUAAGGCAAUUCGCAUUUUGGUUCAGGAGCGCCUGACACAGGAUGCAGUUGCUAAAGCAAAUCAAACAAAAGAGGGCUUGCCUGUUGCUUUAGACAAACAUAUUCUUGGUUUUGACACGGGAGAUGCCGUUCUUAACGAAGCUGCUCAGAUCCUACGACUUCUGCAUAUAGAAGAGCUCCGAGAGCUACAGACAAAAAUUAAUGAAGCCAUAGUAGCUGUCCAGGCGAUUAUUGCUGACCCAAAGACAGACCACAGACUGGGGAAAGUCGGAAGAUGAGCACGAAGCCCCUUCAGCUCCUCACCUGCUUGGUGCAGUUGGGAGCCAUGUACACUUCUGGCAUGUGUUUGGAAAUCAAAUGUCACAUUUUUCGAGGGAGGAAUCCCAGAAAAUUGAUGAUGUUUUAGAGAUUUACCACCACUGCUUUUUUCUUUAAUAAAGUUUGGGAAAGU